ACAGCAAUGAGCUACAUUAAUAUCAGCAAGCUGUCGUUCGGAUGUGCUACCGUUAUUGCGAUGAUCGAAGAGAGAAAAAUCUCCCAAAUGAGAAUGGUAGUUGCCAUUCAAACGGUAGGGUUAGAAGUGCAUGAUAGCAUUCUCACUUUGGCGAGGCUUAUUGUACACAUCCCGUGUAAGCCAAAGCCUGAAUUUGGCAAAGGAGAGAGUCCAGGUGAAAGCCUUCCCUCCUUCAAUGCUAUAGGCAAAAGUCCCUCUGCUAUUGCGAUCAAUAUUCAGCUUGAAACUCUCGAUGCUACCAUUAUUGGGGGGGGCCUACGACUGCGCUCAGGGGCUCGACAACUACAACUCACCGCGCUGACUCGCCAUCGACUUCAUUCAAACCCCGUCUCAGGUCGUUCAACUAGAGAAUCUCUCAGCUUGACGUGUAGGCUGAUUGAGAUUAUUCUAAUUCAACCUGUGGAGAACCCUGCUGCUAUUACCCACUCAACGGACAGGGUCGUUAUAUCUUUGAAGACACAAGGAUGGAGAGCUUCUGGUGAGCGCAUUGCCUCCGUUGACAAGCCCUCGACAGAAAUUCGCGCAAUGGCUGGCUUAAAGCUGCUUGAGUUCGAUUCUCGCCCACAGCUGCGGGCUUUCUAUUCUUUUAUACAGCAGUGGAAGGCCAAAGAAUUACCUCUUUAUGCGUCUGCAGUCGAUGACAUGAAGGGCGCUAUAAAGGCAUGGACAAAUGGACCACCAUCCAAAUCUACCCCAGUUCUUUUGACAGAUCUGGAUAUCACAAUCGAAGCUUUACACUUUCAAGUACGAGCCGCCAAAGCCUUGUGGUUGCGCUGGGAAGUCGGUAAAAUCUAUGUCGUGAAGUCAGAGAAGAAAAAGGACAUCAGAUUUGCUGUCAAGGUCGCGCCACAAGUGGUCGGGGCCUACUAUUCUCGCAGGAGCAAGAGUAGUGAAUCAUCAUCUUUGAAUCUUCCUUCGGUUGCCAUCAUCGGUAAUCAUCGACAUCUGCAAGACAAACCUCAUGUUUUUGCCAACCUCCAGCUUGGGCUGUUUUCGGGUGUGCUUAGACCCGCGAUUCUUGACCGAUUACUUUCGCUACAUCAAAAUCUCCAGGAUGACAUUAAUCAUCUAGUGAACGAUUGGCGGAAGGAUGUUCGUAAGGCGAAGGAGAAACUGCAUGCGCAGAAGGGUUGGCGGAGUCCCUCACCAGGAGCUCGGAAGGUCAGUUUGAACAAGAUACUCUAUGACGUGCACGUACGUGUUGAUGGCGUCCGAUUUGGCCUCCGCGCGGACGACGUUCCCGCGACUAUCGUAUUUGAGGCUUUAGCUGCUAAGGGACGAGCAACUAAUCAAUAUCAUCAUGGUAAUGGCCUUCAUUGGCGUGCAAAAGUUGACCAUUUCAGCUUGUCACUGGGACAUUUGGAUGACGGGUAUGUCAGCAAUGAUACAGAACCAUUCCGCCGGCAACGCACUGCAUCCAUGACUCUAGACGUCGAAGUGGAAGAGAUUCCAGCCACUCCCUUAUUGACGUCACAACUCAUUAUUCAUCUCAGUCACGUGCGCACAGUCAUGCAUGUCGAGGCUCUCAGCGAGCUGACCGAUCUCCUCAAGAGCUGGUCAUCCGAUCUCUAUAUUUUGCGGGAUCACCGCGCACGAGAGAUGGCCGAAGUAAAGCAGCGGACAACGAAAGUGUUGAAAAGAUUCGAGUCGGCUGAGCAUGUGAAUCGUUCGGAGAUCUCUUGGUUGGCUAAUCGAUUGUUGACUGUUGAGAUCGGGGGCAUAGGAGUGGCAAUACCGCUAGUGGAAGGCGCUGUCAUUGAAGACUGCAGAAAAAGCGAUGUACCUGCAUUGCUUUACUCGAUUCGUGUCAUUAGCUUUCAUAAUAGGCACAACGAGGCUGCGAGAUUCAGAUUGCAGAACAUGGCAUUACAGUUCAUCGACAGGUUUGAUCAAAGCCUUCCAGAACAUUUCACGAGCGACUUCCAUGGCUCUAAGAAUUGUAUGGUCGUCCCAUCCAUUGAAAGUGAGGCGGAGAUGUCCUCAACUCAUGAAGCAUGGCACCUUUCCGCCCAUUGUUCUGCUUCAGACUUCAAGCUCACCCUGUCGCCGGAUAUUUCUGACGAUGUCAUUCAACUUGUUGAGCUAUUUGAGCGAGGAAAGGAAAAAAUAGCAAAGGUGGAAGCCCAGUACAAGGUUGAGGUCGCAGGGCACGCUAAAGAGACAAUAGCGUCCAAGUAUGAAAGCCCUGCAUCACCUUCCGCCAGACGACAGUCGCAAAGGAUUAUGGUCCGGACUUCCUUCACUUUUAACAGUGGAACGGUAGAGUUGCACAGAGACCUGUCCGAUACGGAAAAGGCAACGUUGAGCUCAGAAACGAGAAGGGGCAGAGGAUGGCAUGAUACGGUAGUAUUGCCUGCCGUGUCACUUUGGAUGGAGUAUACAGGGCCAAAGGAUGAGGUACCGCUCUUUCCACAGGAUGAAGGUGAUGGGUCACUUCUUUUUAACCUCGCUGUCCACGAAAGCCGGAAUCUCCUCCGGCCUACUAUACUCCCCUUCUUCCUUCAGAUUGCCAAUCGCUUGGGGAGAAAGGCCAAACGAACUCAAUCGACACCCCUGGAUACCUCACCUAAAAUGCCUAUGGAGGUUUCACCUGCUGUCCCUCAGGGGUUGUCACGUCGUCCCAUAACCCGAACAGUAUCAACUCGGGUCCAGGUAAGCGUUACCCUACGGAUCGAUAAAUCAGAACUACGAUUAUCUUGUGCACCUGAUUCCAACGCCUAUGUCGACUUAAAAUGGAAAAGCGGCGGUUUUUUUGCCAGCACCAUAAUUGGCGAUGGAAGCAAAGCCACCGUGGCCGGAACAGUAUCUGGUGUGAGGGCAUAUCUCCGGCACGAGUUUGCGGAGGGCAAGAGCUGUAUUGAGGCCGGCGCAAAAGAUAUGGCAUUCUCCAUUGAUUACAGCUUCGAAAGUCUCACAGGUCGCAAGUAUCUGUCUAUUGUGCUUGACUCUUUGCUUUCGGCGCAGUUUAGACUAGAACAAUUUAGUGCAUGGUUGGCUUUCGCUGCCGUGUGGCUUGAUAACGCUCCCAAUCUCGAGCUCCCGAGCAGACCACCUUUAGGCGAGGCAUCUUCCAGCUCCCCCUCCAUUCACACCGCCUCGAUCCCGAAAGUUACUGUCAGUGCUCUUGUACGGUUCCGGACUGUCGACUUUGAUACCAAUAUCGGCGUGACCAAUGCUAAACUGGAAAUGACUCCAGUAGUCCUUCGGACUUCGUCAAAUGGUGUGAAGGCAGAAUUAGAAUUAGAUUUAGGUGUGACCCAGAUCACGGCUAAAGGCGAUAUUUCAGGGGAAAUUCGCAGCGAGAGCUUAAUCUUCCGCACCGCUCGUCAGUCCUCGCGAGGCGGGGCGCCCGACGACCCAACAGUGCUGAAUAUGUCUAUCAACGCUGGUACUCUGAGCAGUAAUUUGUCUUUACAGGAACUUAGUGUGAUCCGUUUCACCCUUGAUCCUGCCACUGUCACUCUAGCGGAUGAUUGGCAAGCCUUUGCUCAGGACCCCAGUUCUCAAGUUUUACUUUCUUUUGCGGUUAAGGCUGGCGUUUUUCGUUCAGUUAUCCGAUUACUCUCGAUCCCAUCUCUUGUCAGCAAAUUCUACUCCCUCUCUAACACUAUCGAAUCCCAAGAAAGAAUGGCAUGUCAUCGCUCUUCCGCCUAUAAGAGCAAGCGAUUGCGCAAGUCGACAGAGCCCUCCCCCAUGGCUGCCGCAAUCCUCCACACGGCUCGGAAAACUGGCCAAACGUUGACUUCAACGAGCACUGUCAAAACUGCCCAAAAUAUGCGCUUCGACCUCGGCGGUGUUGACAUUGGCCUUUUCAACUCACCGCCCACUGAUGAUCAUCGCGGCGAUUUCUAUCGUUUUACGAUGGGGAAGGUGGAAGCAGACCUGGAAAGGCAGCUUACCGCGGAAAACUUACCUAAGAGGGACUUGAAUCUAUUAGUGAGCUAUGUGAAGUGGGUAUCUAGUGAUGGCGUAAAAGCAGCUCGAGAGGUGAAGAAGCAUAGAAACCUUGAGGAAUCAAUACAAGCAGCUUCCGCCCAUGGCCGAAAGGAGAUCGCGUCAUUGCCUCUCAUGACAAUGACUAUGGAUUCCAUUGAAGAAUCAAAACCUCCAGUUCUCGUAUACGACUUUGAUCUUGUCUGGGGUGAUGGCGACCUGGACAUAGCUAUCAUGCCCUAUUUCUUCGAACAGGUAUACAAAACAUUCGACAAAUUAAUCAAAGGACUUGACCAAGAGCAGAUUACGAAAGCAAAGCGACGUGGAGAUGGUGGUACAGCAAAGGACAGGAGUCAUGCGACAUCACAUGAGAAAGAUCAAGAGUGCAUUGGCGCUGCACUUGCUUUCCGUCGUCGUUUGGAAGGGCAAAGGCCGUUGCCUGUGCCGAGGCUUAGGUUACUUGGCGAAGCGACUGGGGAGGCUAUGGCUUGGGUACCGAAAAUCAACGCCGCAAAUGCGCAACUGCCUAUCAUGGUACAUCGAUUCGUCACUUCGCCCUUGGAGGAUGGCAUGGAUUUACUACUGAAACUAUACGAGAAACAACUUCCGGAUAGGGUCCAGCAACAGAUGUGAGCGUUCGAGUUCUCAACUCUGUACAUACCUUGUAUCAUCUAGAUAUGACAAAUAGACUUCGUUGUUGUCAGCUAUAUAAACUUUAUAUUAUGUAUUAUUUAUUGCGUUACUUAUGCAG